CAUAUCAGAUAAUUUUCCCAUGGCUCGCCAGCUUCAUCAAUUGAUGCAAACUCUCCCAAUCACGUCUCAACUCAGCCUAGCAGUGAUAACUCUUCUUUUGUGUGCCAUUGCAUUGCUCAUGUGUGCUUCUCAUUCCCGUAAAUGGCAUCAUCGUUGGAUUGCAUGCUAUGGUUUUGCCAAUGAAGAUCCUGUAAUAAAUCUCAACAUUAAUGAACCAACAAUCCUAACUACUGCUGGGAAUGGUGGUCAUGAAAGCAUGAUGAUUAGCGGUGAGCUCUCAGUGUGGAAGAAGAACAUAAUCAUGGGAGGCAAAUGUCAGCUACCUGAUUUUUCUGGUGUCAUAAUAUACGAUGCAAAUGGGAAUAUAGUUACCCCUGCCACUGCCAGAACUCCACGCCCUUUACUCACUUGGAAGUAAUUUGAGUUGCAUCUUAUGCUCAAUGUUGUCAUAAAUCUUCACUGCAAACUAGGUUUGUAACAUGUUUCCGGAUUGACAUCUUUCAAAACAAGUUUGUAUUUUCGAAUAUGGCCUUGCAUGGCUCAGAUAGAAUCUGUUAUACAUGCUCGUUUGGGAGGAAUAAUUUUCCAACUUAUUCUGCUUAUUAAAUUUAUGUACAAGAUUUUAAAGUUUUACUUUAA